UUAGAUUCCCAACGCUUUUCUAAUGGGGGGCAUGACAUAUUUGCAAGAAUUAGAUUCCAAUGUAUUACGAAACAAUUUUAUUCUUAUCUAAAGAUCCUAAAGCUCACCUCCAUAGGACCGCUUCCUAACAGUGCGAAAACCACCUUUAUUCUUUCAGAGAGCUCUUUUUUGGUAAUUAAUUUCGAUAAAACUGAAAAACCCAAUUUUGUAUAAAGACUCAGGUCGCAGAUUACAAUCUAGUGGGCUAAAAAAACACAAGGAGUGCAAAUGGAAAUGAGUUUGGCACACGCACAAGAUAUUCCACCCUUCUCAAUAAUCGCCACAGCAGCACUUGUAGGUGUUCCAUUGAAGACUGAUCCCAAUCUUCCUUCAGGAUCACCUCCUGCACUCUCAUUUUCCACUGGAGAGGAACUGCAUGGAACUGGUGUAGUGUUGAGAUACCUUGGUCGCAUUGCAACUCUUCCUGAUUUUUACAACCGUGAUGCACUUUCAACUGCUCAGAUUGAUGAAUGGCUGGAAUAUGCACCCAUCUUUUCCUCUGGAGCUGACUUUGAAAAAGCAUGUACUUAUGUGGAUAACUAUCUCUCGCUGCGGACGUUCCUGGUUGGAUAUAAUCUAUCUGUAGCUGAUAUAGCAAUUUGGUCUGGUCUUGCAGGGGCUGGGCAAAGAUGGGAAGGUAUCCGCAAAUCAAAGAAAUAUCAAAAUCUGGUUAGAUGGUUCAAUUCAAUACUGUCAGAGUAUCCAAUACUCAGUGAAGUAGUUGAUAAAUAUGUUGGCAGAAGAGGAAUUGGCAAGCCAAAGCCAGUAAAUCUGAAAGAAAGUGAGCUUAAUGGUAUAAAAAAUGAAAGCAAUGAGAAAGCAAAGGAGGAAGGUUCUUUUGACAUUGAUUUACCGGAUGCAGAAAUGGGAAAAGUUUGUACUCGGUUUCCUCCUGAGCCCAGUGGAUAUCUUCAUAUUGGACAUGCAAAAGCUGCUUUUUUAAACCAAUACUUUGCUCAGAGGUAUAAAGGGCGCUUGAUUAUACGCUUUGAUGACACAAACCCCGCUAAAGAAAGCAGUGAGUUUGUAGAGAACAUAUUGAGUGAUCUUGAUACACUAGGCAUUAAAGGAGAAGGACCUACAUAUACUUCAGAUUAUUUCCCUCAGUUAGUAGAGAUGGCUGAGAAAUUGAUAUCUGAGGGAAAGGCCUAUGUGGAUGAUACACCUCGAGAGCAGAUGCAGAAAGAGAGAAUGGAUGGAAUUGAGUCCAUCAAUAGGAAUAACUCUGUGGAGCAAAAUAUGUGUCUGUGGAAAGAAAUGAUUGCUGCUACUGAGAGGGGCAUGCAGUGCUGUCUUAGAGGUAAACUGGAUAUGCAAGCUGUUAACAAGACAUUGCGGGAUCCUGUUUAUUAUAGAUGCAAUCCUAUUCCUCAUCAUCGUGUGGGAUCCAAAUACAAGAUAUAUCCAACAUAUGAUUUUGCAUGUCCAUAUGUAGAUAGCAUUGAGGGUGUGACACAUGCUCUCCGCUCAAGUGAAUACCAUGAUCGUAAUGAACAAUAUUACAGGGUCUUAGAAGACAUGGGUUUGCGGAAAGUACAUGUGUGGGAUUUUAGUCGUUUGAAUUUUGUUUACACUCUCCUGAGCAAGCGAAAACUACAGUGGUUUGUAGAUAAUGGAAAAGUGGAGGGUUGGGAUGAUCCUCGUUUCCCAACAGUGCAAGGAACAUUGCGGAGAGGGUUGACAGUAGAGGCUUUAAAGCAAUUCAUUCUGUCCCAAGGAGCAUCAAAAAAUCUUAAUCUAAUGGAGUGGGACAAACUUUGGACAAUCAAUAAAAAAAUCAUUGAUCCCGUGUGUCCUAGACACACUGCUCUUUUUGAAAAUCGUGUUCUUCUAUGCUUAACAAAUGGGCCUGAAGAAGCUUUUGUUAGAAUUCUGCCUAGGCAUAAAAAGUAUGAAGGUGCUGGAAACAAAGCAACUACAUACACAAAACGAAUUUGGUUGGAUGGUGCUGAUGCUGCUCUUUUCUCAGAAGGUGAAGAAGUAACACUGAUGGAUUGGGGCAAUGCCAUCAUAAAAAAUGUGGAGAAGGACACGAAUGGUGUUGUUGUACGUCUUCAUGGCAUGCUGCAUCUUGAAGGCUCAGUCAAAACAACAAAGUUAAAGCUGACAUGGCUACCAGAGAUAUCUGAGCUUGUCAACUUGUCACUUGUUGAAGUUGAUCAUUUGAUUACUAAAAAGAAGCUUGAGGAAACAGACAAUUUUCUUGAAGUACUUAAUCCAUGUACAAGAUGGGAAACUGCGGCCGUAGGUGACGCAAAUAUGCGAAACCUAAAAAAAGGUGAGAUUUUACAGUUAGAAAGGAAAGGCUACUUUCGAUGUGAUGUGCCAUAUUUGAGACAAUCAAAGCCUGUAGUUCUGAUUGCAAUACCUGAUGGUAGACAGCAGUCUGUCAUGAAAAGACCAUGACUUUGACUAAUAUGGUCUGAUUUAGGUGCAUGUUGCUCAAACCAAAUUAAAAUUUUUGUAGAGUAUAGCAGAUUGUCUUGAGAGGUCAAUUCUCUUGGCUGGAAAAGUUGGAGGUGAUAUAAUUCACAUUUAGAACUGGGGCUUUGCUUAUAGCCAGAUGCAAGACUUUUGCUAAGUUUGCAUGGCUAUCUUCUCUCUUUAUUUGCUUUCUAGGAUAUUUAAUUAUUCUGUGCAUGAGCUACAGGUGGAAUGCGUGUUAUUUUGAUUGAACUCAAAACAUUUUUUCUGUUAUUGUUAUGCAUUUUCCUUAAAAUUUUAGUCAAAAGUAUAGGAAUUUUAUCUUUA